CGUGCUCGCUGGGGACGCGGAACCUCCGCCUCCGCCGCCGCGGCCUUCAGUGCGGGCUCCCGACCGAGACUUCUGUUUUCCCGCUGCCUCGCCCCAGGCUCACUCGGCCGCAGCCUCAGCAUCUGCGCCGCGGCGGCCCUCGCUCCGUGGGCCGCGGACGCCCCGGCCCGAUGCUGCGCUGGCUGAUCGGAGGAGGCCGCGAGCCGCAGGGCCUAGCCGAGAAAGCUGCUUUGCAGACACUAGGAGAGGGCCAAGGUCAGAACCCCUAUACUGAACUGCUGGUACUGGAGGCUCAUCGUGACAUUGUCCGCUUCCUGGUGAGGCUCGAUGACUUCAGGUUUGCAUCUGCUGGCGAUGAUGGAAUUAUAGUUGUGUGGAAUGCCCAGACAGGAGAAAAACUUCUGGAACUCAGAGGACACACUCAGAAGAUAACGGCUGUCAUUGCGUUUCCUCCCCUAGACUCGUGUGAGGCCAGCAGUCAGCUUCUCUUGACAGCCUCUGCUGACCGGACUGUCGGUGUUUGGGAUUGCGACACCGGCCGGCAAAUCCAGAGAGUCACGUGCUUCCAGUCUACUGUAAAGUGCCUGACCGUUCUUCAGAGACUGGACAUUUGGCUGUCAGGCGGUAGUGACCUAGGCGUGUGGAACCGAAAGUUAGAUCUGCUGUGUAAAACCAGCCACCUAUCCGACACAGGGAUCAGUGCUUUGGUUGAAAUCCCUGGAAAUUGUGUUGCCGCAGCAGUGGGCAGAGAACUGAUAAUUUUUAGGCUUGUGACACCCACAGAAGAAUUGCCGGAAUGGGAUAUUAUUGAAGUUAAACGCCUUCUUGAUCACCAGGACAAUAUUCUGUCACUGGCUAACAUCAAUGAUACAGGUUUCGUCACUGGCUCCCACGUUGGCGAGCUGCUCAUCUGGGAUGCCCUGGACUGGACUGUGCAGGCCUGUGAGCGCACCUUCUGGAGCCCGACCCCACAGCUGGAUGCCCAGCAGGAAAUAAAGCUCUGCCAAAAACAAAAUGACAUUUCUAUUAAUCAUUUCACAUGCGAUGAAGAGAACAUAUUUGCUGCAGUUGGAAGGGGGUUAUAUGUGUAUAACCUACAGUUGAAGCGUGUGAUUGCCUGCCAGAAAACUGCACACGAUUCCAACAUCCUACACAUCGAUAAACUUCCAAACAGGCAGUUAAUCUCAUGCUCGGAAGAUGGCGCUGUGCGCAUGUGGGAGGUCCGAGAAAAACAGCAGCUGGCAGCUGAGCCAGUCCCAACAGGAUUUUUUAAUAUGUGGGGAUUUGGAAGAGUUAACAAACAGGCUAGCCAGCCUGUUAAAAAGCAGGAAGACAACGUUACCACGUGUUCCCUGGAGCUCAUCGGAGAUCUGAUUGGACAUUCAUCAUCCGUCGAGAUGUUUCUAUACUUUGAGGAUCAUGGACUAGUGACAUGCUCUGCAGAUCAUCUCAUUAUUUUGUGGAAAAAUGGAGAGCAAGAAUCUGGAUUACGCAGCUUAAAGUUAUUUCAGAAGUUAGAAGAGAACGGUGACUUGUACCCAGAGUCCACUUGAAGGAGCCAGACAGGUGUGCAGACAAGAACCCUGCACAGCCAAUACAGCGCGCCCGGUACCCUGGAAACCAUCAGCACACCGAUCCCUUACUGUAUUCUUUUCUUGCCUGUGAAGUUCUGUCUGUCUGUCUGUCUGUAACACCUAUCCACUCAAGAACAUAGCACAACAUGGCCUUGUUGCUGUGCAAGUGGUGGGUGCUGUCUUCUGUCUCUUAAAACAGUAGAAAAAA